CUCAGAAGGUUUGGACUUGAUGCUGGUGAUCUCAAGUGCUUCUAUGUCGCUUCAAUAAGGUCAAUACUGGAAUAUUCAUGCCAAGUUUUUCAUUAUGGCUUGCCACAAUACCUAUCUGAUGUUAUUGAAAGGAUUCAAAAGAGAGCACUGCGCGUAAUUUAUCCUCAACUGUCCUACCAGGAUGCUCUAGACAUGUUAGAAUUAAAGACUUUAUCUACACGCAGGGGUGAUUUAUGUAAGAAACUUUUUAACUCGAUUCUGGACAAUGAGGACCAUAAGCUUCACAACUUACUGCCACCUAAGCCUAAG